AUGCCUUGGAAAUCUCAACGGCGGGAUCACGGCGGCCACAGUCACGCUCACUCCCACUCCCACAAACACGACAAUACCUACUUGACCUCAAAGAACAAGAAGGAUGCUGGCGUCCGCAUCACGCGAAUUGGCCUAUAUGUGAACGUAUUCAUGGCCUUUGGGAAAGCUACGGGUGGCUACUUCCUCAACUCACAGUCACUCCUCGCAGACGCCGCCCACUCGUUUACAGAUCUUGUGUCGGACAUACUCACGCUUGGUACCGUUGCCUUUGCUCUCAGACCUCCAACAGAGCGAUUCCCGUCUGGGUAUGGCAAGGUCGAGAGUUUAGGUAGCUUGGGCGUUAGCACACUCCUGCUUGCUGGUGGCAUGGGAUUGGGAUGGCACAGUGUAGAAAUGCUUUACAGCAUGUUGUCUCCGGCAAUUGAAACAAUAGGCUCUGCCGCAGAACAUGCUGGCCACGCACAUGAACAUGGACAUAGUCAUGGAGGGGGCAGCAUAUUUGGCCAUAGCCAUAGUCACAACCCGGCCGAUAUGGGUAUACCAAACAUCCAUGCAGCGUGGAUAGCUGGCGGCAGCAUUCUCGUCAAGGAAUACUUAUAUCGUGCAACAAUCAAAAUAGCUAGAGAACGGAAGUCGUCUGUAUUAGCGUCCAAUGCUGUCCAUCACCGCAUAGAUUCUCUCACCAGCAUCGUUGCCCUGACAGCAAUCCUCGCAUCUAAUAUUCUCUCCUCGGUGGCCUGGCUGGACCCCGUUGGCGGUCUUCUAGUAUCCUUGAUGGUCAUCAAAGCUGGAUGGACGAAUGUUGGUAACGCUGUCCGUGAGCUAGCGGAUAUAAACAUCGACGCCGAUACCAGAAACUCGGUCUCCGGGGCGGCUCGUAAAGCUCUCUCGUCCGAGUCAUCCACAUCUGGCUUGCAAUUAGAAAACAUCGAAGUACGGGAAGUUUCAGGGAUCAAAGCCGGCCAAAAUUACCUGGUAGAGCUGAAGCUAGGCGUACCUGAAACGAUGACUGUCAAAGACACCCGACCGGUUGAGGACUUAGUGCGACGAGGCAUCGGAGCCAAAGUCAGGGGAAUCAGGCGGGUGAAGGUUAAGUUUGAGGCCAACACCGAAGCAAGUUCCAAUCCAAUGAACGAAUUAAUUUCUACAGAUCUCAGUCCAAAGAGCAGCCCUGAGCCAGAGGAACAUGACCACGAUCACAGCCAUGGUCACGUGAAUGAUCAUGCAAAUGGACAGGUUCACAGCCAGGGCACAGGUGAGCCGGAGUUAACGAAGAGACGAUAG